AUGCACGAGCUCUUCUAUAUGAGAGCUCUGCUCAGCGCUGUCAUCCUAUCGGUCCUAUUUUCCCUGCGAAACGAGAGGAAGGGGAAAUGUUAUAAAAUCCAAGGGAGGUUAAGAAGCUGUAAAAGGAGUGUCGCUGUUACCAUCUCUAAACAAACAGAUGAUUCCAAUAGCGAGAUUGCACAGAACAGCAGUAUGAUGAAAAACAAAAAGAGAUAUUCCUUUACCCCUCUCAAGAGGAACACAAUAAAAGAUAUAGAAAGAAGAAUCAGAUUUAAUGAGAAAAAUGUGAGACCCCAAAAUGGAUCCUUUUACAAAAAAAAAGACAUACAUAAAUCGCUAAUCGAUGAUAUUAAUAAGGAGAUGCUAAAAGAACGUGUGAAAUCCGUGGGAAUAAAUUAUGACAGAGAAGAGAUCGCCAAACAUAAUAUUCUUCCCCUACCUGUGGAGGACAAAACGUCCGAAUGGUACAACUGCUUGCUGCUGUGUAAGGGUAUGCCAUUUCAUGUGGACACGGUUAAAAUUAGGCAGUUUUUCAACCCAUACAAACUUGUCGAUAAGUACACAAUUUUUAUAAAAGACAAGAAAGGAAAUUUCUUCGGGGAUGUUAUCGUUAGAUUUACAAACAAAAAAGAAAAACUGCUGGCAUUGAAAAAUAAAAAUUUCAAAUUUCUACUGCACAGAUAUAUACAGCUGUAUAACAUUAAUGAGGAGCAUUACGAGGAAUACUUUAACGUGGGCUAUAAGAACCCCCCUUCAUAUAAAAAUUACGUCCCCAUUAAGAAUGUGAUUGUGUCCAGUGCCCUCGAGAAGGUCGACCCGCUUGCCGAGGGAGGAAGUAUCGAUAGCGAUAGUACAUCACCCAGUGUACAUGCCACUUCGGAGGAGCAGUUCCAGUAUCAUUCCUUUUUUUGUGACGACCUAGACAACGAUGAAGAGACGAAAGAACUUAGAGAGAAGGUCAACAAGAAAGGCAUUCUUCUGAAGAGUAUAUACACAGGGAAAAAACUCAGAGGCAGAAUAACCUCUGUGCAUCCUUAUGGCGUUUUCGUCGACUGUGAUGUGUACGUAAAGGAUAAGAAUGAUACAUUUAUAAAAAUCCUGGCUCUACUACAUAAGAACAAACUAACUAUAAAUAUAGGACUCCCCACCGACCCUUUACCAGAACAAGAGGAAAAAGAAUUAAUACUACAAAAAAAUAUGAACAUGAUUGUGUACGUGGAUAAAAUUAUAAAACGGGACAUCCCUCAUAGCAGAAGUCAUCCCCGGGAUGGAAAAAAUAAUUUCAUUUUUUUUAACCUCACCCUUGACUCCUCCAUAACGGAGGAGAAAAUUCGGUGGCUUCAGAGUCUCAAGUUGAGGAGGCAGUCCAUUGAGGAAAAAAUGAAAAUAUGCAAUGAGAGAUUUUUGAGUAUGUCUUCGAAUGGGGGUGUAGCUAGACACAUGGAGGCGAAGAACGGCCCAUCGGAAGGGGACCAUCCAUCCGAAGUGAUGGAAGCAGACAGAACUGAAGAGGCAGACAACACGGCAAGGAUAACGGCUUUGAAAGGGGAAAAAAUGGACAAUGACCAAAAAAUGGGCGACAUGCCUGCUGGAAAUUUCCCCGUCCGGAGCUGCAAAACGGAGGAAUUUUCCCCUUCAGAGAAUCACGAAUCGCAAUUGAACAGCAGCGCCAAGAAGAGAAAGAGCCCCAUCCGUAGGUCCAGCAAGAUCUACCUGAUGAAGAGCACACACGGUCAUUAUAAUUUUGUGGGGAAAAAAUGGACGAGACCGGGGGGAGUGAGAGCAAUGGGUGGCUUGAACAGCAACGGUGAAGUGGAACAACCUCAGGAAAAACAGAAGAAUGAAAAAAGAAACCCAAAAGGAAAUGCAAAAGGAAGAAACAAAAUGAAAAGAAAAAAAAAAAAAAAAAAUUUAGACAACGGUGACCUUUAUGAUGAGGAGGACAAUUUUGAUGAAAUUUUUAAGCUCGAAGUGGGUGAUGCAGAGGGACAGGAGGAGGACGGCCAGGAUGCGUACAGUGGCACUGAAAAUGUGGAACACACGGUAACCGAGGAGAGCAGUCACAGCGACGACAAAAAUAAGAGGAGCGAAAAAAAGGUGACCAACCACUAUAACGACGAAAUGAAGGAAAUUCUGGACGAAAUUUUUAGGAAGCGGGAAGACGGAGGAAGUGCUUCAAAGAAGCCUUCUAUAAAGGUGCGCGCUGAUAAGUGUAAGGAAGGCACCAUUGGGGAACAGACACACAGACUGAACUUCGAACACCUAAGUGACCGAUCCAAAUGGACAAACGACAUCCGAAAAGAGGAGUCCCUAUUUUAUUCGAAAAUGUUCGGACUGAAAACGGACAUAAACGACUUCUAUUCGGAUGACCCAAGGAGGAAGGACGCUGGUGGGGGUGCGAAGAGCUCGGAUGACACAGAGGAUCUCAUGAAGCUCAGCGGAGGUGGAGGCGAGUGGGACACCCCAUCAAGUGACAUCCAGGCGGAGACUUUAAACUUUGAAGGUUUAGAAAGUUGGAUGGAGCGGAGCAAAAAGGAGGAGAAGGAAGAAGAGGAGGAACUUGAAGCGAGGAAAGCACCUAAAAGGGAAGAAGCGGAGACAGAGCACAAACAAGGAGCACUAACUACCGACGAGGCGAACGCGUACGGACUAAAUUCAAUAAUUAGCGAGAAAGACGGAGAGACCCUCGAUUUUUCACACCUCGCAGAAAUGUCACCAGAGGAACUGAAGAAAGAAAUAUACAAAAAGAAAUUUCUUCUUCCCAUAGACGUAUCAAAGGAGAGCCUAAAAAAUCGCUUAAUACAAAUAUGUAUUUGUGAAAAGAACAAGAUAAAAUUUGAUAACUAUCCAUUUAUUAGGUACUACCUCUUCGACUUCCAUGUGCCAGUAGAAGACAUCAAACUAUUAGUUCUGGCAAAUAGAAAAUUUUUAAAUAAAAAAAGCAUAACUUGUGACCUUUUGAACUCGCUAAAUCUGAACGAAUUGAAAUACCUACUUCAUAAGUCGAUGGAAAAUAUUCGGCUGUGGGAACCUGAAGAUAAUAUAAAGAGGAAAAUUCUAAAUUUGAAUAAAGACCUUCUGCAAAAGCAAAACAUGAAUCACGUAAAUAAUGUCGAUGCAAAUAAUUUACUUAUAUUGUGGAAUGACUUUAAGGACUUUCUCCUAAAUUGUGUGUAUGGAAAUGACACCACCAGUGACACCUGGGGGGUAGACUUCACAAAUGUACCAGCCACCAACUGGGAACCAACUACAUCGUACAGUACAAGCAAUGCACACACACAAAAAUAUCUGAACAGAAUGAAAAAUAUGGAGAAAGAAAAAUUCUUCAUUGGAAAGAAGCUACCCGUCGAUGAUGUACUUGAAAGGCAAAUAAAUAAAAACAAAAUGGAACAUAUGGACCCUUUUGAAAAUGCAUUAAGUACAUUAAAUAAAGAGCUUGAAGAAAAUGAAGCCCAGCUGCCAGACAAGAUAAGCCUCAAGGAAGCCAUGAAAAUUUUGAACAAUAGAAGCUACAUGAAAAAGAUUAAGCGAUCUCUCAAUAACGACUCAGAUGAAAGGGGAAAUGAAGAAUACAUUGGCAAAAUUAUUAGCCUAAUCUUGAGGCAUAAAAACUAUUUCAAGGAACACCUCAGCGAGGCCAUCCUGAGGAAGAAGCCCCCCGAGGAGCUAAUUGUAAGUAGAAAUCGUCCAGUCAGCGCAGCUGAGGAAUGA